UAUGAAUCGUCAUCAACGCGCGACACGUCAGCGCAAACCAAAAAAAAAAACAGCAUAAAUGUGUUUAAGUGACAGCAAGUUUCUCACCAAUUAACGCUGAUAUAAUAAUUCGCUUGCCGUUUUUGCGAGUAUACGGCCCGCAAAUAUUUGAAAAACAAACCCCACGAAAUUGUUCCGAAAAACAACAAGUCCAGCGGGAUGAAUGAAGAAGAGUUGUUGGAGUAUUUCCGCUCUCAGCUGAAGCAGGAUCCUGACGUGGCUUCGGCGGUGGCCGCGAUUCGCACCUUGCUAGAGUUCCUCAAGCGUGAUGAAGGCGAGACGCUGCUGGGCCUGAGGGAAAACCUGACUUGGGCCACGGCCCGCCUGGCCAGCGUGGACUCGUCAGUGGCAGUGUCUUCUGGUGGCGAACUCUUCCUGCGCUUCAUCAGCCUCACGUCGCUCGAACACCAGUGUGGUACUCACAAGGACACAGGACAAGAGGACCUGUCACGCUGCAAGAAGGUGAUGGAGGAACGCGGGCAACUGUUUGUGGACAAGAUCUCCAUGUCCAGGGGGAAAGUGGCCAAGCUGUGUCACACCUUCAUCAAGGACGGAGCUAAAAUCCUGACCCACUCCUACUCGCGGGUGGUCCUGAGGGUGCUGGAAAAGGCGGCGGCUGAGAAGAAACGGUUCUCCGUUUUUGUCACAGAGUCGCAACCCGACAGCGCCGGGCGAUUGAUGGCUCAACACCUGAGGAAACUCAACGUUCCUGUCACAGUUAUAUUGGACGCGGCAGUUGGAUAUAUCUUGGAGAAAGUGGAUCAAGUGAUCGUGGGUGCAGAAGGCGUGGUGGAAAGCGGUGGCAUCAUCAACAAGAUCGGCACGUACCAGAUGGCGGUAUGUGCCAAAGCGCACAACAAGCCUUUCUACGUGGUGGCAGAGAGCUUCAAGUUUGUGCGCCUCUACCCGCUCAACCAGCAGGAUGUGCCAGAUAAGUUUAAGUACAAGGCGGACACGUUGAAGACCCAAUGCAACCUGUCGGAGGAGCACCCCCUGGUGGACUACACGCCGCCCUCGCUCAUCACGCUACUCUUUACCGACCUUGGCGUCCUCACGCCGUCGGCUGUCAGCGAUGAGCUAAUCAAACUGUAUUUAUAAAUACGAAAUAAAAGACAAAAAGGGGAAAAAAAACUGAAUGCGUC